CUCACGGUACUAAACAACGAGCCGCAACCACGACACGCCAAAAAACCAGAAACCACCCUUCUCCUCCCCCCGUCACCGCCACACCACGAUGCCCCCGAACGCUGCCACUCCGGCCCGCCUCUGCCGUCUGCCGCAAAACCUUAAACAAAAAAACGCCCUCGCGCGGUCGCGGAAACGGACGGCGAAUCGCAGCAGGGGCCAGGAGCACGCCCCGCUUACUGCUUGCUUCCUAGUCGGCUUGGUGCGUGCUCCCCCUCCCCAUUUUCGUUUGUUUUUACUGAUCUCCGCCCCGAAUCUUUUCCCUCCUCUCGCAGCCGCAGCGCAGCACCACCGCCGCCUCCGCGCCCGUGUCGAUCGCACUGGUGCGGGGUGAUUCAGAUGUGAUCGUGGCGGGUUAGCACCGGCGGCGGGUAGGAGGCAGGGAGAUGGGACGGUGCGGAGGAGGUGCGGGCGCCUGCGCUCUCCUCGCCGCCGCCUUGGUCGUCUCCGCACUCGUGAUCCGUGGUGCUGGAGGUUCUUCCAUCCAUAACGAGUUGGCAUCCACAAAAUAACUUGGAUAAUGUCCUUCAUCCAUCACAAGUACAAGAUCAAACACUCGAAAGCUUAGAUGAAGCCGUUUCACCAUCUAAACAAGCAGUGAAGCCUACAAUGCAACCUAGUGCUCCACCUGAUCAUUUUUAUCAGUCACCAAACAGAGAAAUUUCCCCAUCUAUACAGAGCCCAGGGCCAAUUGUUGAUCAAGUGCCCGCUGCUUCGCCAUCUCUUCCAGUUCAACCAAAUGCACCUCAUCCUAAAAUUUCUGCUGACACUCCAGCUAAUGCACCUCUUUCUUGACAGACGCCCUGGUCAUCUCAACCUCCUCCUUAUCUCCCUUGUAUCAGAAGUCAGUCAACACCGCCAGCUCCUUCACCCCUUAUAGAUGACCACUUUAAGAUUGUUGGAUCUAAGCAGCUCUUCAAUCAUCUCCUACUCCUCCAACAGACCAGGAGACAUCUACAGUACCUGUUGCUUCAUCUCCAGAAGAAUUUCCCAGCCAAAGAAAGCCACUGCCAUAUCUGCUGUUUCUCCAUCACCAAUCACUUCUGCCAUCCAUGGGACUAGGUAUGGUGCACCUAUUACUGCACCCCCGGGGCAAUCCCCUACCCCUUCAUCCCCUUCACGUUAUUCGCACACAGAAGUCAGGGGAAGAUUAUCAACGACUUCACCCUUAGUUUCGGCGCCUCCCAUCAGAUCUUACCUUCCAUUGCCUGCAAUAGGGCGACAAACACGAAGACCAGCAUCUUCUCCAGAAACAGCAGUUCAUCCAGCUAACCAUGGUAAGGACCAUGGAGUUCCAGUUGCAGCACCUUCAAAAGGAAGUCAUCACCAUUCCAUGCUUGUGAAUAAUACACAUAGAAAGACUCAUGAAGCUCCAGUUGUGGCACCAUCAAAGAAAAGGCAUCACCACUCGCCUGCAAAUAAUACACAUGUAAAAGGACCUGCAGUUUCUCCCUCAAAGUGUCCCAUCAUCCAUAGCAAAGGACAUGGCAUUCCUGUUGCUGCACCUCCAAAGGAACAUCCCAGCCAUUUACCACCUGCAAAUCGUAGACACCACAAAGGUUCCUUUCCUGUUACAAGUCCUGCUCCACAUAAAACUAAUAAUGCUUCUGCACCAAGCCAUGGACAUUCUGGUUUACAUCUUAGUCCUGCACCUGCACCUGUACGUUUGCCUCCAUCAAAAGGAAAGGGACAAGGAAAUCCUGCAUAUGCUCCACACCAUCCCCGUCAAUAUCAUUCGCCAUCGUAUUACCCAGACUGCACAGCAUUAUCCUGUCAAGAUCCUCUGACCAAUAGUCCUCCGGGAACAUGUUUAUGUGUGCUGCCAAUAAAAGUCGAGCUUUGUUUUGGUAUAGCAUUGUACACGUUCUUUACACUGGUCGCAGAACUUGCACAAGAUAUUGCGUCUGGAGUGUUCAUGAAUCAAAGUCAAGUUCGUGUUAUGGGAGCAAAUGCUGCACCUGAUGACCCUGAGAAGACAGUUGUCCUUAUUGAUCUUGUGCCACUGGGAGCAAAAUUUGACAAUACAACAGCACUUUUGGUAUUUGAAAGGUUUUGGCACAAGCAGGUCAUCAUAAACCCUACGCAUUUUGGAAAAUAUGAUGUGUUAUAUGUUAUUUACCCAGGUCUUCCUUCGUCAUCACCGGCAGCUCCGGGAAGCACGAACAAUGGUCUUAGCGAUGUCAAUGAUACAAGGUUACAUCCGCUUGCUGUUGAUGUGGGAAAUCAGAGAGAAAGAAAAAGAAGGGGCAUAAUUGUAAUAAUUGUUCUAUCAAGUGUUUUUGCUUUUAUUUUAUGUGGUGGAGCUGCAUUGGCGAUUUAUUUCAAGCUUAGAAACUGCAAUCAUUUAACUGAAGCAUCACUUAUGCCAGCAAAACCUGCAGGUCCUGGUCCUGUAGUGGUCGGGAGCAGGCUAGGAAGCAGACCUAUUUCGGCAUCACCGUCCUUCAGCUCAAGCAUGGUGACAUAUAAAGGAUCUGCCAAAACGUUUAGCUUGGUUGAGAUGGAGAGAGCUACACAGGGAUUUCAUGAUUCCAGAAUUAUUGGCGAGGGUGGUUUUGGAUGGGUCUAUGAAGGUAUUCUUGAGGAUGGAGAACGGGCUGCUGUCAAGAUUCUGAAGCGGGAUGACCAGCAAGGUACCCGGGAAUUUUUGGCUGAGGUUGAGAUGCUUAGCCGAUUGCAUCACAGGAACUUGGUUAAGCUGAUAGGUAUAUGCACAGAGGAGCAUAGCCGUUGUUUGGUAUAUGAACUUAUUCCAAAUGGCAGUGUGGAAUCUCACUUGCAUGGGUCAGAUAAGGGAACUGCUCGACUUGAUUGGGAUGCUAGGCUUAAAAUUGCACUUGGUGCAGCACGUGCACUUGCUUAUUUGCAUGAAGAUUCAAGUCCACGUGUCAUACAUCGUGACUUCAAGUCAAGUAACAUCUUAUUGGAACAUGACUUCACCCCAAAGGUGUCAGACUUUGGCUUAGCAAGAACAGCUUUGGAUGAGGGAAACGAGCAUAUUUCAACUCGUGUUAUGGGAACUUUUGGGUAUGUUGCUCCUGAAUAUGCAAUGACUGGGCAUCUUCUAGUAAAGAGUGAUGUCUACAGCUACGGUGUUGUUCUUCUUGAGCUUUUGACAGGCAGGAAACCAGUAGAUAUGUCAAGACCUCCAGGGCAAGAGAACUUAGUCGCAUGGGCUAGUUCUCUUCUGACAAGCAGAGAUGGUUUGGAAACAAUCAUAGAUCCUUCACUUGGGAGUAACAUCCCAUUUGACAGCAUUGCAAAAGUAGCAGCCAUUGCAUCUAUGUGCGUUCAGCCUGAGGUGGAUCAGCGCCCAUUUAUGGGGGAGGUUGUCCAAGCUCUGAAGUUGGUAUGCAACAAAGGCAGUGAGUUCAACGAAUCCACAGGCUUUGGCCAAGAUUUGCACAUCCAGGAUGCUGAGAUUAUGAGUAGAGCAAGUCUGGAUAUGGACGUCGACCCAGCGCUAUCUGCCAAGCUGUUCGCUUCGUCAGCACGCUAUGAUGCUAUGGCCGCCUCUGGUUCUUUUCGACGAUAUUCAAGUUCAGGUCCUCUAAGAGUAUGUAGAACUGGACACAAUAAGGAGAGGGGCUUGUCAACACGCAGCACAAGUGAACACGUUGGUCUGCAAAGAUUCAGGAUCGAUUCAGAAUAGUCAGCCUGCUGGCUUCUUUUGAUGAUGUGAGCAUUGAAGAAAUACACAUUGGCUUAUUUUUGUCAAGCCAGAGUUCAUAUUUAUUGUGAGUAUCUGUGAAAAUGGCAAAAGGUGUAAAAUGCAGUGGACAAGCUUCAGCUGUGACCGGGAGUGACCCACUGGGUGGCUUGGCAAAUGGCACUGGAAGGCUGCAGUGCAGAACUGAACAGUUACAGCUGCCUCCCAUUGGCAGCAUCUGAGAAGCUGAAACAUGAAGGCAUCGCACGCUUUUUUGUACAGUGCUAGAGAUGUAUAAUGCCUUCAGCGAAAGAGAGGUGUACAAAAGCCAAUUCGUCAGCUGUAAAUCUCCAUGAACCCUCCCAGGUUCUCCCUUUCUCGCAUUAAAGGUAUAUCAAGUAAAAUCACGGGUUCUCAUACACGUGUUGUCACCAUUUUUGGGUUCAAUGAAAUAGUGUUUGUUGUCCU